AUGGAGCUUUCCUUUGUCUUAUAUUUUUCUGCUGCCAUUCUGCUUACGGGGAUUCCCAAAGGUCAAUGUGCCGGUAUAAUUGGAGGGAAAGAAUCAUCUCCACAUUCACGACCUUUCAUGGCCCUAAUCAAAGGAAAAGACUACUGUGGAGGAACUUUGGUCAAGCAAAGCUGGGUUUUAACAGCCGCUCACUGUAAUCUUGGCAGCAAUCCUGAAAUCAUUCUUGGAGCUCAUUCAUCAUCUAAGAAAGAAGAAAGCCAGCAGAUUUUUAAAACUGCUAAACUGGUACCUUACCCAUGCUUUGAUUGGGAGACCCUUGACAACGACAUUAUGCUUCUGCAGCUGAACGGAACAGCAAAACUCAACCAAUACGUGAAGACCAUUAAGCUUACCAAUACUUACAAAGAUCUCAAAGGAGGCACACAGUGUCUCGUAGCCGGAUGGGGCAUUACUCAUAACAAAGACAGAAAGGGCUCAGAUACACUGCAGGAAGCUAAUGUCACAGUCUUUGAGAGAAGCAUCUGCAAUGAGAAGAAACACUACAAUUCCAAACCUGUUGUCACAAUGAACAUGGUAUGUGCCGGUGACAAGAAAGGAAAGAGAGAUACAUGUAAGGGUGACUCUGGUGGUCCUUUGAUAUGCAACGGUGAACAAAGAGGCAUCACAUCCUUUGGUAAACCAUCAAAAUGUGGCACAGCCCAAUACCCUGGUGUCUACGCUCGGCUUACAAAGACCCAUCUCUUGUGGAUAAAUAAAAUCAUAGGGGGAGACUGAACAUUGAUUUUGUGGUUCCCUUUCCUGAUACUUACCCAUGUGGGAGGCCUUUAAGGUUUUCAAUUUGUUUAUAAUUCCCAUUCA